AUAUAAUAUGCAGAAAGGUGUAACAAGGAAACAGUUGAGAAUCAAGAUUCCUGGGCUCCCAGAAAGAUACGAGAUCAUGAAGAAAUUAGCAUCAGGCAGUUACGGCAAAGUCUAUGUUGCCAAGGACAAGGUCGGCAUGAAGAUUGUCGCGAUUAAAAUCGUUACACAACUUUUUAUAGACUCGGUUGACGCUAUCAGAUCUUUGAGGGAAGUCUCCUUUCUGAGACAAUUUGAUUCUGAUAGUGUGGUGAAACUUCUUGAUUUAGGAUUCCUCGGUGACCCUCAAUCUUAUAAAUCCAUGUACUUAGUGAUGGAGUUUUGAAGGAGAGAUCUCAGAGAACUACUCCAGCCAAAAGAAAGCGCUAUGAAGGAGUCUGGAGUUUACUUUUCUAAACAUCAAGCUAUGAAGAUUAUUUAUGGAAUUUUGAAGGGAGUCCAAUAUUUACACUCAAAAGGAGUAGUUCAUAGAGAUUUAAAGCCUGAAAAUGUGCUUUUGGAUAAUGAUCUCAAUGUCAAGUUAUGAGAUUUUGGCCUAUCAGUUAAACUUUCUGAUCCUCCUGAAGCUAAGCCAGUCUUUGGAGAGGAAUUUAAACAAUCGAGGGUGAGUACUGAAGCUUCAAGUAAAAGAGAUUGCUUGAACUUUGAUGACGAUUCUAGCUCAGAUGACGAAUCGUCAUAUGUGGAUGAAUAUCAAACUUUCUCUGUCUCUAAAUCCAAAUCUGUAAAUGAAACAGCUGGUAUGUUUCUGAGAGAAGAAUCGAAAUGAAUGUACGGACAAGAUAGUUCAUUUUCAGAAGAUGAUCCUGAUAUGUGAGAUAACCCAAUGGUGAAUGCUUUUUUCCGAAAAACGAAGUUGACUGGAUCUGAAGAAGUGAAAAAUAUUUUAAAAAAAACAACUCCAAAACUAAGGACAGUAAAGAGAAAAAUUGACAGAAAGAUGACAUCCCACAUCGGCACAAGAAACUACAGGGCUCCUGAGGUCAUUCUGCUCCAGAAAAAUUAUAGCUAUGAGGUUGAUAAUUGGUCUGUUGGGUGAAUAAUAGCUGAAAUUUUGCAACUAACUUGAUUCGAAACUCCACACGAGUUUCUGAUCAAAAGCACUAUUUUGUUCCCUGGUGAAUGCUGUUACCCUCUAUCUCCAAAGAAGAAGAGUGAGAGUGUUAACAAGGGCUAUCCCUACAAUAAGAAUGACCAACUUAUGUGUAUCCUGAGAGUUUUAGGCUCUCGUGAUCAUCCUGGUGACACCGAAUUCAUCAAUGGAGAUAAAUUGAAAAAAUACCUAGCAAGUCUUCCGAAAUUCGAAGGAUGCUUGAAGACAUUUUUCCCUCAUGUUACAGAUGAAGAUUCUCUAGAAUUGCUUCAAGGACUGCUUGAAUUCAAUCCUUCGAAGCGACAUACCAUUGAGCAGUGUCUCAAUCACCCAUUCGUAUCUGAACUAAAGAAGCAAGAUGUGACAGAUAAGGCCUAUGAUUAUGGAAGUAAGAUAGAGCUCAAAUUUGAGAAUUUUUGGCACAAAAACAUCUCUAAAAAAGAGCUUCGAGAGCUAUUUAAGGAAGAAUUUGAGCUAUACUUGAGCAAUAAAUGUUAAAUUUAACUUGUAAUAAACAAUUUGAGGCUAAAGCUCUUUAUGAUAA